AGAUGCGUAGCACGAAGCAGAGAAACGCAGGGCAGUGGCAGGAGGCGUACUCAGGUCGAUCCGUCGCAUGUCCUUCUUAUUGGACGCCAUUGUGAUGCAGCGAGCAGGGGAUGCAAGGCGAGGGGAGGUGGAGGUGGUGAUGGAGUGGUGGUCCCACAUGCACCAGAUCGCGCGCUGACUGACGGAACCCUGUCCGCGGGCGGCCCAAGUUGGCCGACUCAUUGCCGGCGUCGACUCCGCGACUACCGCCCCAUUGCCCUGGAAGUGCCCUGGAAGCUCCUCCACUACUUGUGAUCGUCUGCGGAUUGUUGUUCUCUCCUAAAUCGGCUGUUUCCAAGUCCCAGACACGCACACGCGCACACGCCGAGUCUGUUCGGCUGGCUGCUCCCUCCUCCCGCCGUCCGCUGGCCCUUGAACACACCAUGAAUCCGCUCUCCGUGCGAUGAAUUCCCGUCCCGCCCAAGGCGCGCAAGACCCUGUGCAACACCGCGGGAAUGCGCCUGCGACGUCGGCGCGGCGGGCGGCAGGCCAGCAUGGCCAGGAGGCGGCAGUAGACCAUGACCGUGCUGGGGAACCGCCGCCCAAAGCCAGACCCAAGGGCAAGCCAGGGCCCCUCGAUGGCAUACAGACGACAGCCACCGAGCCCAUGCGCGUCCCUCCUAAGGGCAAGCCUCAGCUCUUCUUCAGCGUAGCCGCCCACAGUGGUCUCGAGUCCUCGGAGCCCAGUCCGACGACUGCGGCACUACCCGUGCCCCCGCGGCCCAGCUUGUCCAUGCCCGCUGAGGCUCUCAACCAGCGUCGUAUAUUCCCUGGGGGCAGUGGUGUCAAGGCCGAUCCAACCGUGACAAAGGUGGUGAACCAGGAGACACCAGCCUCGGCCGCUGUCCUCCCAGGCGGAAAAGCUGCAGACUUUUUUCCGUGGACGGGCAGCCAUCCCGAAGAUGUGCUCUCCGAGGCGCUGGUCAAGGGUGGGAUCAGCAACAAGUCCCAAAUCAUGAACGAGACGAACACCGCGCGUCCCUCCCUUUGGGCGAAUCUCAAGAACAAGUCCGGCACAUCGACACUAUCGACUUUGUUCGUUGCUGUCCUUGAAAAGCGCCAGUCGUGCAGUCGUCUGGUCGCGCCCAAUACCUUCAAACCGCCUCCGCGGUUAACGCUCCGCGACUCUACCCGAGAGACCUGGCUGCACGACCUAGCCAAUCCCACAGUCGGGCUACGCCGACUGAGUCGUACCAUACCCCAUGGCAUCACUGGCAAGGUCCUCCUCGACCAAUGUCUUAACAAGAACAUUCCCAUCCCUCGUGCCCUGUGGCUGGCAAAGUGCGUGGGAAUCAAUGAGAUGCGGGCUCAUAAAAGGAAGGGGCAAGCAGGCACAAUCACUUGGGUCCGCGGCUGGACAAGCUCAGUCGAGCAGUUUCUGGACGGUGUCAUAUCAACCAUUGGACAACAAGACUGGAAGAUCCGGAUCACUUAUGCAUUGCAACUUGCAGCACAUUUGUUCAAGGAACACCUCAUGGAAGAAGACCAUUUUAUGGACUGGAUACUAAAGAGUCUUGAUUCUUGCUCUUCAGAGCGUUUGUUUCUUUGGCUUCUGAUCACAUGCAUACCCGACUUUUGGACCAGUCUCAUAUCUUUCCGCCGUCGCGGCAAACGUUUGGCAGAAUCGCUUCUGAAUCAUGCUGGGAAGAUUUACAGCACGAGUGGGGAAUCCCGAGAAACAUCCGUUCUUGGGUUGCUUGAGAGCAUAAUCGCCAGGGUCGCUGUCACCAAGUCGGCGUGCCUUUUACUUCCUGAUGAUUGGGAAAAAUGCAAGGUAGUGUUGUAUGUCUUUGCGCAGCGUCGAGCACAUGCGAAGAUCUCUCAAGUCAUCCCCGGCUUGGACCAAAGGAAUAGGGACAUAAUGCCUUCUCGAAGCCUUGGAUCUUCGGCAUCUCAGCGAUCCUAUCGUGUGUUGUAUCAAUUUCUGGACGGCGUAGACUACGAGACCAACAUCUCUGUAGACGAGCUAGCCUACGAGUGUAUGGAAUUAUUUCCUGAUCACGACCGCCUUAUCUCGGCCGUCCUGCAGUGGUCAUCAUCCCUUUAUCGGCAAGGCUUACACCGUGUCUAUCUCGCUACUCGCUUGCUCCGCAAAUGGAACCAUCUCGGUAUCGAUGUUUCUGAAGGAAUUUUAAGGUACCUUCCACGUCUGGCUUUGGAUCCUAGUAAAGACGCGGAACUAGUCUUCAGAGUCGUGAGCGAAUUGGUUCGCUCAAGGACCUUCUCCUUAGGCAGAUUUCUCCAGUGGCUCAUAGCGACCGGGUCGAUGGAUCCAGGCCAGGAUCACCACGCGGCAAUUGCUUGGCAGCUUCGUCUUCUGACAGAGGUUCCACUGAGCGGUCUUUCUGAGCAAGUGUUGAAUCUGAGAAGCACGAUGCUUCGUGGCUCGGUUUAUUCGGUCGAUACUGAGGACGACCUAAUACUGAACACGCAAGACUCUAUUCUACAACAGCUGACAGAUUUCACACUCACGGAUCCUAAUGGUUUGCGUAGAAUGACUCUUAAUAUUGGGCGUCUCAGUCGAACGAUGUGUCUCGAAGUUGCUAUCUGGUUACGACGGCAAGUCGCCGCAACGAUCGAGACUAGCGACCGUGCACCUACGAAAGAAAGCAGUAUUUUCAUGGCGGGUUCGGUUUGCACCAUCUCGUCGUCUUGUUUCGAAAUCGUACGACAUUAUCUUGAGCAAUUCAAGGACCUGUCCAUCCUGGCAGAUGUUGUCGGAAUUUCCGCUACUUCAUUUGACGCGCACAUUCUAGGCGCUUCCGCCGAUACCCUUUGUUACCAUUUCAAGGCCUUCAAAGCCAUUGGCGCAUUCAAUCCGCUUUCCGAGAAAAUAGUCAUGAGAUAUACUCAGAUCCGAGCGAUCCGCCUUCCCGAAAGGAGCCUGCUGCUCAGCAUCAGUGCUUUGUCUCACUUGACGACUGUCGACUCGCAGCUCACGCAGCUGCUAGACUAUGAUCUAAGUCGCUACGACCAUCGGAACUCUCCCGCCGUGUGCUCGCCUGUUUCGGAUACCAUGAUCGAAAACGUCACAGGAUCAGAUCCCGAAGAUGAAAUAGAGCGCAUACUGUCUAGUGGUAACAGUAUGGACCAGCAUACGAUGAAUCGCGUGUUCAAAAAGGUCGUAGCUUAUCUUGACCAACGCUCUAGUCAAGGUAGCUACCCUUCAGAGGGUCUGUUAUCAUGGUUUUGCCGCUUGCAAAGCCUUGAAGAAAACACCUUCCACGCUAUAGUCGUCUCAUGGCUGCAGUCGGUCUUGACUGACCAGGAGCCGCGAAUACUUGCUGUCGCUCUGCCUCCGCUUGUAGUCUCUGGAUGUCUCUCUUUGUCUCGUUUUGCAGAAACAACAAGGGACUAUAUGCGACGUCUACAACCGAACCACUUUGUUGAAUCAUUUCGCGUUGCGAUCAAUGGUUUGGAUAUAAUCCUCCCGAGACACGAGUUGAGUGAUCUACUACCACAUUCGUACUUGUACCAGUUCCGCACGAAACAAGUUGCGUUUUGUCAAAAACAAGAUAGCGGGCUGUUGGAACUAAUCAAAGGGGCAUUGGACUUGAUUAGUGUCCAUCCGGAUCUAUGCUCUGGAGACUCGCUGCCGCAUGUGUUGUCCGAUGGUCGACUUCUUGGCGUACUUCGACAUUCAGCUGCGGUAGACUUUCAGAACGUCUCGUUUCUACUUGAUUGCUCCGCACGUAUCACGAGUGGGGUCUCUCAGACUGGUAUCAAGUCUUUGCUUGACCGCAUCAUGGACCCUCUUAACGCUCUGGACCUGUCUAGAUUGAGCCAUGAAGAGCAGGCCACUGCGAUCUUCAGAUACGCAGACCAACUUUCGUUAUCUUUCUGUCAGCUGAAACUCCAAGAUUUGUUCAUAUCUAUGUCGACCACCGGACAGUCGAUCGAAAGUUUACCUGUGGCAUUUGUCAAAUUCUUGAAGUCGACUCUCGAGAUUGACCACUCAUAUAUGUUGGAUCUUGUGUCUGGGCUGGACACUAAUCUCAAAGACUUGAUACGUGGGCACGCGGAAGAGGAGAUACUCAGGUUCUCGGCUUUUCUGUGCGAUAUAAAUCUAGAUGACAAGGACGGCAACUGCCUAGACGAGCUGCCUUUUGUUCAUCGACUCUUAGACGUCAUCUGCGCUACAACAACCAGCAACGCAAGAGAAGCGCAAUCAUCUCUUCUCGCGCCUCUCGUCGAAAGGCUUAAAGGAAUUGCCGAGCUUCUACACCAGAUGGACUACCGAUUGAUGAAACGUGACGAACAAGCAACGAUCGAAAACAACCUAUUGCCCUCUGACCUUUGCUCGUGGCUCAAUGCUUUACUUCGUCUCGUCGUUUGUCAAAGCCCAGGACUGAUCCCGAAAGCUAAUCAUCAGCAUCAAGCUGCGCUCAUGUGGAAUCUUCGAAACCUUCUAACUCACCCUCACCUCCAAGGGUUUCCGUCGACUACUCAAUACAUCUUCGAUGUGUCGGUCUUACUCUCUGAUCAUAUCUCCGAAGAAGUUCGAAAGAACCUUGUUAGUUCGACGAGCACGAAGUCUUCCUACGAUAGUCGAUGUGCCUUCAUCUUCGGAUUGGAGCCUCACGAGGAUGGCUGGCUCGGCCUCACGCGGUCAUUGCAACGCGCAUCCUCCCCGCAGAGACAGACGCCAGCAUCGAAUCCUGCCCAGCCGCAAAUACAGGGCCAGCAGCAAUACGGAGUCGGCGCGGCGCAGUCGCGGCGGCCGUCGAAUACACCGCAAAACCAACCUCAGGGGCGCUAUCCGCAGCAACAACAGCCCCACAAUAUACUCUCGCAGCAGCUUCAGCGGAUGGGAUCGAAUGGGCAAAACAGCCCAGUCUCCCAGCUGCAGCAGAUGCAGCAGAUGCAAGCUAUGGCGCAACAGCGCCAAAAUACCAUGAGUCCUCAGCUACAAAGGACGCCUUCGAUGCAAAACCAACCACCCAGGGCAACCAAGGCCAGCGGUGUGAAGCAGGAAAGAGUGGAUGCGAAACCUGUGCCAUACAAGUUGAGCAGAUGGGAGGUGCUUCCCGAAAGCGGAAGCAACGCGGGCGGCAGCGGGAACGAGACGGCGAUCAGUCUCAGUCUGUUCGGAGCCAGAAAAGCCUGAGCCGAGUGCAGUGCAGGCAGUGUGUCGAGCGGAGCAGAGUAUCAUUUUCAACAUCUACGACAUGUAUGGCAUUUAUUCGACG